ACCUCCCGCCUCCUGCAGCUGGGAGAGCAACGGGGCGGAGUUUCCCCAGGCACUGGCCGAUGCCCCACCCCUUCCCGGGUCAGCUCCGGCUCGGCUUGCUGCUGCGGGGCGGUGCCUGCCUUUGCGUGGCCGAGCCCGGGUUCCCCAGUCUCCCCGCCCGCUGGCGCUGCUGGCUAUGGCCGCCUCCAGCGCGCCGCCCCGCGCACGGGCUCUUCUGCAGCAGUGUGUGGCCUCCCGGCUGCAGGUGAAACCCCCCGAGCCGGGCUCCGGGGCCGAGUGGGUGGAGAUCCAAAGAGGACUGGUUAUCUACAUAUGCUUCUUCAAAGGAGCCAGUGAGGAACUCAUUCCAAAAAUGGUUAAUACACUGUUGAAUGUUAAAUUAAGUGAAACUGAAAGUGGAAAGUAUGUUUCUCUUCUGGAUUUACCAGGCAACUUAUUAAUAAUACCCCAAGCUACGCUGGGUGGUAGACUGAAGGGAAGAAAUAUGCAGUACCAUUCCAACAUUGAAAAAGAAAAAGGGAUGGAGCUUUAUUCCCAUUUUGUAACAUUGUGUGAAAAAGAACUGGCUGCUAAUACGAAAUGUGCUGAAGCAGGUGUUGUUGUCAAGUAUGGAACAUAUGGAAACAGACAGGUGUUAAAACUGGAUACAAAUGGACCUUUCACUCAUAUGAUUGAAUUUUGAAAAAUCAAUUUUAUGUAUAGUAUUCUCCAGCAACUGUAGAAUUUCUCAUUUAUAAGGGACAAUGCGCUUAAAUUGAUUGGAAUGUGAAGAAACAGACAUGUUAUUUCAAUAAAUUUACAUAAGAGUU